ACGUCGCUGCUCCCGAGCUGCCGGUCAAAGAGUUUGUCUUCGGGAUUUGAGGAUAUUUUGGGUGUAAAGGAUGGACUUGACACCAAUUGCUAUUGAAGAUGUAAGAAACGUGAUUACAGCUAUGGAGGAGAAAUUGGAGUGCCCCAUAUGCUUGGAUAUUGUACAAGAGCCAAUUUCAACAAAAUGCGAUCACACAUUCUGCAGGUUCUGCAUGUUCAGACUUCUCAGCAAAAAUAAAAAAGGUGUGGCACAAUGUCCCCUGUGUAAGACUGAAGUUACCAAGAGAAGCCUGAAAGAAAAUUCGAGAUUUAAGAAACUAGUUGAAGGACUAUUGGAAACUAUCCACGCAUUUGAGCUUGACACGGGAAUAAAGUUUUCAAACAGUCUUCACUACCCUAAAACAUCCAAGGAAGCCACUGCUGCUGAGUUCCUCUGUAAAGAAAGUUCUGUCAUCCAAAGUAAGGGCUUCAGAAAGAGGAAAAGUACUACAGAAAAUGGACAAGAAAACUGCAUCUUGCAGGAAGCUAAAGUGAACACACAGCUCACACAUACUGGGGCCAAGAGGUAUUCCCUGAGAAGCAAAAUCCAGAAAUCUGACUCUCGAAAAGAAGUUUAUAUUGAGUUUGGCUCUGAUUCAUCUGAAGACCUUUUUAAACAGACAAGUAAUACUGAGUUAAAAAACAAAGAAAUGCUUCAGAUUCCAUCUCAAGAAAAGCCAGAACUACUUCAGAGUGCUGAGAAGGGGAGUGAAUAUUCUUGCAGUACAGCGCCUGACAAGCCUGAUGCUAAAGAGAUAAUUCUAUCAAAUGUCAUAGGUGAAAAUGAUUUCUCAAAGGAAGGCUUGAGCAAGGAAAGUACUGGGAGCAUCACUGAAGAUGCCAAACCUGGUCAAGCGAGUAUGACUCAACACCAGAGUUCUCCUUUAAAUGUUCUUGCUGUAGACCUCCUCACAGAGCAGCGUGACAGAACAGGUGAUGCCAGUCCCUUAAGGAAUGAGGAUAUAUCUCUCUCUAAGAACACAGAAGAAAUGAAUGCAGAACAAACUCAGUGCAAUAGUAAAAGCAAAGAAUUCGACUUAGAAGAUGGGUCACAGAGCAGGUUGGAUGAAAACCAAGAAACAGACACUUGUGUAGAAAGUGUGGAAGCUGUAGAAAUGUAUGAACCUAAGAAUGAUUCUUGUAAUGAAAAAGAGCUUCCUGUGGAGAAACUACUUCAGCCAAAGACACCUCGCUGUGCUACUCCAAAGCAAUUCUCCAGGAAGAGACUGAAGCGAAGCAUUCAGAAAGUCAAUGAAUGGUUUUCAAAAAGCAAUGAGGUUCUGUCUUCGAGUUCUUCCCAGGAUGAUUCUACUGGAGCAAAUGAUGUUUCAGGUGAAGAAGAUACAUUUUUAUCAGGUAAAGGUUGCUGUAUUUCAGAAAAGAAUGACUGUAUGGUAGACUUCAUGGAAAUACCAGAGGUUAAAGGAAACAAGACAUGGUCAAAACAAACAGCAGGCAGCAUCAAAGACAAACUAUUUGGGAGAACUUACAAGAGAGAGAGGAAGUCAAAUUCCCCUAAUAUCUUGAAAGAGGUUUUACCUACUACAAGAAAGGAAGUUGUGACUGCUGCUGUGAAGUGCUUGAAUGAUUCCAUCAAAGACAGACCAAAACGAAAAAGGAAGAGUGCCUGUGUCCUGCAACCUGAAGAUUUCAUCAAGAAAAAAGAUACAGACACGGCAGAUGGGUGCCCUCAAAGUGCUAACUUGUGCCUUGAAGGUGCUGAAAAGAAAAGAUGUGAUGAAAGCUCUGCUGUUAAUGAGAGUCACCUCUCUGGGAACAGAGAGGCUGAUACAGUAGCAGAACUUGAGGAAGGAGGAGGAUCCACGUGGAAAAAAGCUGCUGCAAAGGUGACUGGCAAGCACUGUGAUGGGGAGCCAGAACUGAGUAACUGCAAUCAGAAAUGCACUAAAAGUUCUUCAGCAAAAAGAUGCAGGCGUUCUACCAGAACCAUGUGUGCUCUGCAGUUAGUAGUGGAUAGAGACCCUGUUUCCCCUGAUCCAGCUGAGCCACAGAUUGAUAGCUAUCCAAGCAGUGGAGAAGCAAGGAAAGUUGAUUCUGAGCAAAGACAAGUCAGGCACAACAGAAGGCUUCGGUUACUGUCUGAGGAAAUUGCAAAAGAAACAGGAAAAGGAACAGUAAUUAAGGGAGGAAAAAAACAUGACAGUGAUCAUGAAGGAUCCCAGAGGAAUGUGUUAGUUCACACUUCUGAAUGCAAAGACCCAUGUGAGCCCCAGGGUACACCGAGUUACAAGCCCCUUCCCAAUCUGAAGGUUGGUGAUCUGGAAGCAAAUGAAAUGCAGUUUAGUCCAAAGAAUUCACCUGACACUGCAGAAACUGGAAAACGUCUCUUCAAUUUUGCUUCUCCAUGUCAGCAUUUGAAUGGCAGUUCUCUUGCAUCUGGUUCUGCUUCUCAAGAAGACGAAAUGCUGGGUAGCCCAUUGCUCCUACAGCCUCCUUCAGACAGUGUUUCACAAACUGCUUCCCACUCAACUGAAGAGAUGACUAAAUCAUCUGCUGCUCUUCCUCAGGAUGGUGGACGUGAUACACAAAAUAUUCCAAGGGGCUUGAGCACUGCAGAGUUACCAAUGGCUAAAAAUGCUUUGGAAUUGACCAAGGAAGUUGAAGAUAGUGAAUUGGACACCCAAGAUCUGCGAAAUAUAUUUAGGCAUUCAAAACGUCUGUCGUUUAGCCUUUACCCUGCUCCCAUGAAGGUGUGUGCAGUAGAUGGUGAUUCUGAAACUCUAAAGAUACCAUGUGCUGAUCAGGUACCAAAUAAAUACAGCAAAGACUUAAAACCAGGAAACUUGCAAGAAGAGGAAACAGCAGCUGAAAGCUUGAAUGGGGUUGGUGAGAAAGAGAAGCUUGUAACCUAUGAACCUGCUUGUGUUAGUCCUGUGACUUGUGUUGCCAGCAACACUGAAUGUCUGCACACAGGGGGAAAAGAAGAUGCUUCACAGGUUGCAAAUCAAGGGAAUCUGACACCAAGAAGAAUGAGCACUGCUAGGGCUGAAGGCAAAAACAGAUCACAAAAGGGAGAGCGGGGAAAUGAAAAGACAGGGUCAACCGACACAGGGACAGAAAGUGAGUUGAGACAGAAUCCAGCCAAAAGUAACAUAAGCCAGAGUGGUCAGGGUAAUAGAGAAGAGAACAUUUUCAAAAGGACAGAUUUAAACACAGUUAUUGAAACAUGCUUCAUUUCAGAAAGCAAUCAGCCAGAAGAGGCUGGAGCUGUUGAUGGCAAAGGAUCAAUACUCCAUUCUCAGUAUGGAUCAAUGACUUGUCAGCAAAGACCUGCUGACAUCUCUGAAGUCAUGGGGAAAGAAAGUAGCAAAGGAAACCAAGUAAAGCAGAAUGAAGGACAAGCAACUGAAGCUACUGGCACAGGGAUACCUGAGAGUUUAGUUACAGAGGCUCUAGAAGGACCUUCUAAAGGGAACAGUGAUUUCACAGGUUUGUCUGAAACCCCUGAUGGCUUACUGUGCUCUGAUGAGGAUCCUGAAGAGAACAGCAGCUUUUCUGAAACCAACAAGAGAGAGACAUCUGCCGUGUUUGUAAAAGGAAGUGGCAAUGCCCUGGUAAACGAGCUACACAAUAGAAAUGUCAGUUCAAAGCCAAGAUCUCAAGGGAUUCGAAGAUCUCGAAGAAGAGCUAAGAAACUGCAGUCUUCUGAAGAAGAAUCCAGCGAGGAUGAAGAUUUACCCUGUUUUCAGGAACUAAUAUUUGGCCAGCCAGUAAGCACACCUUUGCAGACUGACAAAUGGAUGACAUCUGUGGUAGAGCCUUCAGUAAGUCCUGUCACAUUGCCUGCCAAUCGAAGUCACGAGGACAAGGAUUUGCAGAAAAUGCCUGAAGCUGCCCAAAGUAACGAGUGUGCUUCACCAAGCCAGGAGUCAGAGUGCUCCAUCAGCUUAUUUUCUUCCCGGUCCAGCAUGUCAGAAGAAUUGGCUGAUGAAGCACCAGAGCAGAAGAAACCUUCAAGGCAAGGUCAUACAUCCAAAGUGAGCAAUGUGAAUGAGAGUAAAGAAACUGCUCAGAGUUGUAAUGGAAGGCUGAAGGGAAGCAAAACUGGCUUCAAAGAUGAAUGCCACGAAGACCCAAACAUGGGAGCAAACCUAGGUGAUGCAUCUGGAUACGACAGUGAAGCAAGUUAUGUAGAAGAUUCAUGUGAUCCGUUCUCUCAGGGUGAAAUCCUUACUACCCAGCAGAAGAAUGCUAUGCAAAACAACCUAAAAAAACUCCAGCAAGAAAUGGCUGAACUUGAAGCAGUGCUAAAGCAACAUGGAAGUCAGGACUGCGAACUUUCACCUGACCAUAAGGAGCAGGCAUGUUCCAGUAGUGAAGGAGCUCUUGGAAUGGAACAAAUGAGGCAAAAAAGAGGUAAAUAUUGUCCGGAAUUGUUGCUUCCAUCUUCUAAAUCCUCUGUAUUGAAGAGGUCACAUUUGGAGAAAGGCCUUCAGUGUGACAGUGUCCUGAAAAACAAAGCUCCUUCAGAAAAGACAAAACCUGUGCAGGAAGCAGUGCAAGAAUACAGUCAGUGUCAGUCUGAAGCAGAAAGUGCAGAUGAGCAGAAAUCUGAGAUCAGACUGGACAGUGCAUCUGUCUUAACAAAUCUCUCUGGAAAUGGAACCAUCAGUCCAAGGCUUCUUAAAGCUGCAAGGCUUCUUCAACCUCAAACUGCAGAAGCAACAAAUAGUUCUGUUGUAGCUCAGGAUGCUGACAAAAGUUGUGCUCGAGAGCGUGAAUCCAAAAAAAGGGAGAGUUUUCCUGUACCUGUUCUGCACAGGGCAGCUGGGAAAGAAAAUGCUACAAGUCUAGUUGUGGCCAAUAGGAAAGAAAUGUCAAUUGUGGCAUCGGGUCUGAAUCGAACAGAGCUUUUGGUGAUCCAGAAGUUUGCGAGACAAACUGGGAGCACUUUAUCUAAUCACGUUACUGAAGGAACAACCCAUGUCAUAAUGAAAACAGAUAAGGACCUGGUGUGUGAACGAACACUGAAGUACUUUCUGGGUAUUGCAGGAAAAAAAUGGGUAGUUAAUUAUCAAUGGGUAAUCCAGUCUUUUAAAAAAGGACGAAUACUGGAUGAGGAGGCCUUUGAAGUGAGAGGGGAUGUAAUCAAUGGGAGAAACCACCAAGGUCCUAAGAGAGCUAGACAGUCUCUAACUGAAAAGAUCUUUAAAGACUUUGAGAUCUGUUGCUGUGGACCUUUCACUAAUAUGACUACAGAGCACUUAGAAUGGAUGGUGGAGCUUUGUGGUGCCUCUGUUGUGAAGCAACUUCAUCUAUUCACACACUCCCCAAAUUCUACUGCUGUCGUGGUUGUGCAGCCAGAUGCUUGGGUGGAGAACAAGGAUUACAGAGCAAUCCAGCUAAACAACAAGGUUGCCAUGGUGACUCGAGAGUGGGUCUUUGACAGCGUGUCUUGCUAUGAGUGCCAGAAGCUGGAUGCUUACCUUGUGUCCUAAGGGCGGUCUGCACUUCUUUUUCCCUUGCUCAUAAUUCCUCCUCUGUGCUAAUAGCAAUAGGAAACUGUUUUAAGGACUGAGAACUCUUAAGUUACAUAUGCAGAGAUUAUGUACAUAGUGUUCUUGUUCAGAGUAGAACAACUGCAUUUUUAUUGUUGGCAAAGUUACUUAAACAACAUUUCCAGAUAAAGAUGGAGUUAGCCACCACUCUUCAAAGAUUAACAUUUCUGCUUUCAGAAUAGUCCUUUAAAUUAAUGCAAAGCUGAUUUUGAAACUCAGAAAAUGCAGGAUGUGGCCUCUUCAGAGAAAUGGCAACACAGUGUUUACCACUGCAGCCAGUUCCCGGUUUUAUGUACUUGAGGACAUUUAGGAAACACUCAUUUGAAAGAGUAAUUUUGGGCUCAAGGGUUGAAAAUGUACUUGCACUGCUGAGCAGCCUCUGUAUUUUCAAGUUGCGUAAAUACAUACCCUGUGUGUGCUCAUACAGUGGGAUAUUAUUUUGUGAUUACGAAUGCCUCAGCCUGGUUAAUUUUAGGCCACGGGUUUUAGUUUUGUUGAAUCCUAAACAAACAGCUCUCCUGUUGCAUAUAAAAAUGCCACCUUGCCCCAGCUAGGAGAAUUAUCCACAAGCACAGCCCUUGAAAAGCCAACCCUUGAUUCUCAGCACAAACCAAUCCUUAACACCACAAGCCUAUAUAAAGUUGUGUCAGCCUUAUUUCUGAGAAGCACCUGUGGCACCUAUGUAUAGGUAAUACAUGCACUUUAGUUAUCCCAGUGAUCUAUAAUAAGCUCUGUAAGAAUCUGCUUCUAUUAGUCCCUGCCUGCACAAUGAGACUGCAAAGAAAAUAAAUUGCUUUUUGUGGGAGAGAAGACGUUGGCUGUUUCUCUUGCCAAGCAAUUCAGCUCCACAAAUAACUUUGUGCUUCAAAGAGCACAAAGAGAACCUGUUUUCAUAAAGUUGUUGUUUGAAAAGAAGUAAUAACGUUGUAGCUAAGGUCAGAGAGUUGGGUGCUCAGAUGCUGCAAAGGUUGUCUUGGAAAGUUAGAACAAGUAUGUUUAUGAGUGUUGGAACGUUCAAAGGAAAUAAAAUUGUCUUGGCAA